AUGUCCAGCUUCCCACCCGACUCUCACGCCCCAACACCUCCCAUCCUCCCCCCCAAACCAAGCAGCCAAGAACCCAGCCGCAUCGGCACGCCAGCCUCCGGCGCACCUCCGCCUCCGCCGUCCUCCCUCUCCGAAGCGGGGCAGCAGUACCGCGCCGCCGUGAUCCCAGGCAUCUCUUCUUCUUCCGCAGCCGGAGCAACACCGCCUCCUCUACCCGCCCUCGCGAGAGCAGCAGCCGAGAUUCCUGAUCCGGGCGACCAGUGGCUGCCACAAGUGCUCCAAGACAAGUCAAAGCAAGACAUCGCCGACAUCCUCACAAGCCCAGCCCUCCUCAACGCCCUCACCAACUCCCCCGCCUCCAUCCACCCCUCCCUCCUCGCCUCCCACCAAGCCCUCGCCUCUUCCCUCUCCGCAAACACAGACCUCGCAUCCCGCCUCGCCGACCAAGAGUCCCGCCUCGCCAACCAGCGCUCCGCCGCCCAGGCCCAGCUUCUCUCCAUGCACGCCCUCGAGCGCCAGUGGCGCCAGAAGCAAGUCGACAUGGACCACGCCCUCGCCCGCUUCAGCCCCGCCGCGCUCUACCAGCUGCUCGGCCAGAGCGUCCAGGAGCAAGGCCUCGUCUGCCAGGCCAUGGAGGAGAGUUUUCUGGAUAGCGACGGCGUUGAUGGCGGGGAGACGUCUGAGAGGGAGGCGGCGGAGUGGAUACGAAGGUAUAGGGAGGCCAAGACGCAGUUUUAUUUGAGACAGGAGCGAAAGGAGCGUUGGGAUGAGGGCCGCGUGGGUGGUUGGAGGUGA